GUGAAAGGCAUUUGGGCAAUCCCUUGACUGAUCGAGCAUAUUAUAAAAGAUAUUCGGUCUCUCCUCACUCAGUUUCAUAAUUGGAGUAUUCAACACAUUUACCGAGAGACAAAUCGAGCAGCAGAUUGGAUCGCUAAUGUAGGCCAUUUAGUGUCUGAAAAGAUGGAUAUUGAUGUUUAUAAUAGCUCUAGUCUAUUCCUUAUUCUUUCUUCUGAUACGUUAGGAAUUUUCUUCGUGAGGAGGGCUUCCUAAUGUUAUUUUCCUUACCUUUAAAAAAAACAAAAAAAAAAAAACAAAUGCUUGGGCACCCCAAUUAAUUUAGACCAUAAAGGGGGAAAAAGAAAAUUAGCAGAUUUUUGUCCUCAAAAGUUGGAAAAUAGACAUUAAAAAAAAACUAAAAAAAAAAAAAAAAAAACCUUAAGAAAACCUUUUUACAUGUCAACUUGAGUCAAUAAGUCGGGUUCUGAUUAAAUUUCGGAUUGUUUGGUUCGAGUAGUUUGGGUCAUUACAAAAUAUGAUAAAUGGGUCAAAUUGGGUCAAUUUUGAGUUGAAUUUUCUGAUUUUCUCUCAAUACUCGGGUUUGGAAUUGGGUUGACAUGUGACUAUGUGAGAGACAUAAUAGUAGAAACAAUAACAAAAAGUGAAAAUUACUGUUGUGAGCUUCCAUACUUUUUUUUUGUUUGGAGUGAAAAUGGCGACGACGGGAGGAAGAGGACGAACCAGUAGAGAAGGGACAGCGAAAGCAACCGUGGCUGAUCAGAUUUCACAGUCAAUCCAAUCCACCUCCAAUCUUCUCCAACUUAUGCAGAAUUCUUCUCCUUCUCAGGUUCACCUGGCGAAGCUUCCCAAGAACCUUUUGGCAAAGACAGAUACCAUAAAAAAUACAGGACAAGUGUUGCAGCAGCUGCCACUAGUGAUUUCCUCACUUGAUGCAUAUAUGGAAAAUGGUUUGCAGAGUAUUCCUCAUUUAAAUACUGUAACUCAGCUGCUUACAAACAUGGAAAGCUCCCAACUCAAGUCUUCCUCUCAACCCUCUGAACAGUCUCAAGAGGAGGCAGCAAACCAAUCGUCAGGGGAGCCUUAAACUGCCUGGCUAGAGUGGUAAGAGGAGUUAAUCAGUGGAGGGGUAUUCUGCAGAGACGAGAAAACCUCUUCAACAAGGUUUUCCAGCCGCUCCAAAGUGUCCUUUUAACAUUGAAGUGAUAUACGAAGUAUAUCACACUCCAUUCUGAUGUACAUGGCUCUAUUUUUUCUAUAGAGGUAGGGUGGUGUGAGAGUGAGGGGUAAAGAUGAAGAAAAUGAGAAUUCAAGCCAUAGCCUGCAUUCGUAUACUGUAGAAAGGCAUAGCAUUUGUGUUAUUCCAGCUUACUAUUCAAAAUUGUGUUGCAUUCUACUGACUGGCAUUCGAUUUUUUCCUACUGAAGUGAUCAUCUCAAAAAAUGGAUGAGAAUUUUCAA